AUGUUAACAUGUAAAGUUACCAGAGAUAAUCAGGAUAUAAAAGACCAAAAAGACUCCAUCAUCAGACCUUGUCGUCUCCACGAUACCAACUGUAUCAGACAUUUCUUCGCCCAGGACUUUCAAUGUUUGCCCACCGAGGGUCCGGUGCAUGAUCCCCUAGAACUGCAAGAUUCCAUUUACGUGCCCGUACCACACGCCAAUCUGACUUAUAUUUUGAACAAUCCAAUAAUUCGAGGUCUUAACAAAUGGAAGAUUGAAGAGUUUUUCAUAAACAAAGAUACACAAAGAUUAGUGUUAGAAGUCGUUUUCGACAGAAUUGAUGUGACCUGUCCUCAAGCAGAUUUGAUUUAUCAUCGUAAGGGCAAGGAACCGCUAAAAGGAUGGGAUUCCACCUUUAUAGAAUACAAAGACUUAUCGUUCACCCUGACAAUUUCCUAUGGCAAAGAUGCAAAGUCGUUUAAUAGCCACGUGUACACUUUCAUACCUGAUGCUUACCCCAAGUACAGCAUCCAACCAGCAACUCAUGAAUAUAAAGAUCCAGGAUUUAAGAAGGCCCUUGCUGACCUUGAAGGAGAUGUACCAUUAACUGUUAAAGAACUCUUCAACAAAGCCACAGAUGUAUUGGUGCUAGAAGUAGAAUUCGACAGAAUUGUUGUGUCGUCUACUCGUGUCAAGAUUAUCUAUCAUCGGAGAGGAGAAGAGCCUCUGCAAGUUUCUGAUUACUCCAUUAUUGAAUACUGUGGUGUGUCGUUAACUUUGACAAUACCUCAUAUACAAUACCUGCAACUGUCAGGGGCUCAUGUGUUCUCCUAUAUACCUGACGCUACCCCCAGGUAUACUCUGGGCCCUGCCAUUUAUAAAGUCAAAGAUCGUGGAUUUCGUCAAGCUCUUAAAGAAAUGGUGACCAGUCUUGGCCUAAGUAUUCAGGAGGUGUUUGUGAAUCAAGGCUCCGUGAUAAUGUCCGUAUUUUUGCAAAGCAUCAUUUGCGAUUUUAGACAUCUCUAGUUUCGACUGCUUGUUAUAGUUAUCUUACUGCAGAACUGGUAUUACUGUCGC